CUUUAUAGCGAUCAAAUAAUUUUAUGUUUAAAAUUAAUUCAAAAUGUUCGAAUACUCUUUAAUAGUAGUUAAUUCAGAUUGUUUAGCACAAAGUACUGAUAUAGUGUUGAUGUUAAUCAAGAAAGGAUUUUUCAUACAGACACGUCGGAUACUACAAUUUUCUGCUGAACAUGCCGCUGAAUUUUAUAAAAAUGAAGAAGAAUCAACAUUUAUGAGAAAAGUUAUUUUACUCUCGAAAGGUAGAUGUGAGGCUAUUUUGGUGACUAAAGAAAAUGCAAUAGAACAUUUAUUAAACACUAUGAUUUGCUAUUUCUGCUCUUCCAGAGUCAUGAGUGAAUUCGUGCAUGUAAGCAAAAGCAAAGCGGAUGCUCUACAUGAAAUAUCAUUUGUUUUCCCAAAUCAUAUAUUGGAACCCUCACUUGUAGUAGACAAGAAGAGCUUUUGUAAAAGCAAAGUUACAAGUACUGUUGUUGAGAAAGCAUAUGAUAUACAGAGUCAAGGAUUAUUGGAAAAUUGGUGUGGUGUCAUGUCUGAAUGGUUAAUGAUGUCCAAUAGUAACGUACCGAUUAUGACAAAUAUGUGCAGUGAUACUGUAAGUCCACUAAAAAGAGAAAAAGCACAACAAACUGCAUUAGAACAUCCAGCACGACAAGUAGAACCCAAAACAAGUACCGAUAGUUGUCGAAAAUCUACAACAAUUAUUAGUUCAUUUAUGUCGGUUGGGUCAUCAAUGAAAUUGAGUUCAUCAAGUUGUAUUACAUGUUCUGAUUUUGAUGGCGAUGAUUACCAUGCAAAAGAACCGGACCCUUGUUUAGAGUAUGUAAAAGCAAAAAUGACACGGCCAAAAGUAUGUAAGAGUGAAGAACGAGUGAAAACACCAGAAUGGGAUGAAUCAUCUAUAUCUACUAGUACGGAAAUUCCUGAGAAUCCACUUAUGACUUGUUUAUUAAAAGAACCUUCAAUUGCUAGUAAAACAUCAGCUGGUAGCAAAACUUCGGCUUGUAGUAAAAAAUCAGUUAUCCCUAAAGAAGACGAAUGUCAAGAUGAUUUAAUUUCAAGAGCUGCGGAAAUGUUAAUUUCCGAAAAUAUGCAGGAGUCUGAAUUGCCUGAUCAAUUAUCCGUUGAAGGUGAAGAACUAAUGGACCAAGAUGAAGUCAUACGUGCCGAAAUUUUGGACGAUGGAUAUGGGGAAGCUCUGGAACCAGCUGAAGAUGAAAGAGGUGAUGAAACAGAACCACCAAUUGAACAACCAGAAGAAGCAAAUAUACCAGGUGAUGAAGCUGAAGCUGCUGAAGGGGACCAAGCAGAGGCUCCUCCUGCUGAGUAAUUUUCUAUUACAAACAAUAAAUUAUUUUAUAAAAUUAUUCAAUUUUUCAAAUUAUAUGUAUG